ACUAAAAAAAUAUAAUACAAUGGAUAAAUUAUUUUUUCAUUAAUCAAAGAUCUCAGGUUUGAGUUCUGAAUUCGGUGUGAAAGAUGUAAAACAUAAAAAAAAAAGAAAUUGUUAUACUUCUCUGUGAGCAACAUAAUUAUGAAAAUCGAGAAACGAAAAAUUAAUCUCCGAGCAACAAAAAAAAAUAAUUACGAAGAAAAAUCUAACUACAACUUCUUGCUUUUUGUCUUUUGUUUUCUUCGGUACUUCUUCAGUAAUGCUUAUCCAUCUGUAGGAUGACAAACUUUUAGCUUUAAGAAAACUUUGUAAUACAAAAAAUAUGGGAAAAACAGAACUAUGUUACUAUUUAUUCUUAGUUCUUGUUGUAGCAGAGCUUUGUUUACAGCCUGUAGCAGCUGGUUCAACAGUGAAGUUUCUUCCAGGAUUUCAAGGACCACUUCCUUUUGAACUUGAAACUGGGUAUAUUGGAGUUGGUGAUCAUGAAGAUGCACAACUGUUUUACUAUUUUAUAAAGUCGGAGUCGAAUCCAGAAUCGGACCCUGUUCUACUUUGGAUCACAGGAGGCCCUGGUUGUUCUGCUUUAUCUGGCCUUAUAUAUGAAAUUGGACCAAUAACUUUUGAGCCAGUGGAGUACAAUGGGAGUUUGCCUAAAAUGAUACUGAAUCCUUACUCAUGGACAACGGCUGCUAGCAUUAUUUUCGUGGACUUUCCCGUGGGCACUGGAUUUUCCUAUGCGACAACUCCAUCAGCUCUACAAACAUCUGAUUUACAAUCAAGUGAUCUUGCAUAUCAGUUCCUUCACAAGUGGUUCAUCGAUCAUCCAGAAUUUCUAAGGAAUUCAUUAUAUGUUGGGGGAGACUCGUACUCAGGGAUGAUUGUUCCCAUUAUUACUCAAAUUAUAGCAAUUAAGAAUGAAAUGGAAAUCAAACCAUUUAUCAAUCUUAAGGGAUAUUUGCUUGGAAACCCAUCGACCAUUGAAGGUGAAAACAAUUAUGAGAUUCCAUAUGCUUAUGGAAUGGGGCUUAUUUCUGAUGAACUCUAUGAGUCCUUGAAGACCAAUUGUAAAGGAGAGUACCUCAAUAUAAGUCCAAGCAAUACACUAUGUUUGCAAGAUGUUCAAACUUUUAAAGAGCUUCUCAAAGGAAUUAAUGAACCCCAUAUUUUGGAGCCCCAAUGUGAAAUUUUUUUUUCACCAAGACCACACUUACUAUUUGGCCAAAGAAGAUCUCUUGAUGAAAAGUUUCAUCAACUUAAAAAUCCUGAACUUCUUCCUGCACUAAAAUGUCGCACUGAUUGGUACAUACUCUCUUAUCAUUGGGCUGAUGAUGGUCAAGUUAGAGACGUCCUCAACAUCCGGAAGGGGACUAUUGGAAAAUGGGAGAGAUGUGCAACUUUGCAAUACAAAAAGACGGUCAUGAGCAGCAUACCGUAUCAUGAUAACCUCAGUAGAAAAGGUUACAGAUCUCUUAUAUACAGUGGAGAUCAUGACAAGGUUGUAAACUUCCGGUCAACUCAAGCAUGGAUAAAAUCUCUUAACUACUCCGUUGUUGACGAUUGGCGAACUUGGACUGUUGACGAUCAAGUUGCUGGUUAUACGAGAAGUUACUCAAAUCAGAUGACAUUUGCCACAGUGAAGGGAGCAGGACACACUGCACCAGAGUAUAAGCCUCGUGAAUGUCUGGCCAUGCUCACAAGGUGGAUGUCUUACCAGACCCUUUAAUCAGCAAAUGUAUCAUGAUUUCUAAUUAUCAAUGUCAAGAUUCCAUUGUGUUGACAUUGUUUAAGACAUCAAUGUAUACAACAACAUAACCAGUAUAUUCCCAUCAAGUGGGAUCUGGGGUGGUUAAGUGUGUGCAGUUCAUACCACUACCUCGGAUGUGAGACACAGAGAUUGUUUUCGA